AUGCUCAAUUUGAAAGUUACAAAAUUUCCAUUGGCUCAAAUAGAAUCUGACGAGGAAAAUUGGGAUGAUAUAGAAAUUCCUUCUUCUGGUUUAAUAAUAACCGAUAAUACCUCCGAUGAUGACGAUAUUAAUAAUAUCGGUAAAAUAGCUACUAAUGAUAUGUCAGGUAUAACGAUAGUUGAUUCUGAUGAUGACGUUGACAAUAUAUUACAAUCUACUGUAGCUUUUGAUCAAAAGUCUUUAUUCACUUCAACAAAUAAAAAUUCUCAACUAUUAGAUGAUUUCAAUAUCCUUAAUGGAAAUACAACUACAACUGCUGCUGCUGCUGCAAUAACAACUACAACAACUACAACUCCUACAAAAUCAACUACUACAACUCCUACAACUCCUACAAAAUCAACUACUACAACUACUACAACUCCUACAAAAUCAACAAAAUCAACUACACCUACAAAAUCAACAAAAUCAACUACUACUCCAAAAUCUCCAAAAUCUCGACGUAAACGUGACGAUGAUUUAAACGCCGUUAAAGCUAUGAUUGGUGAUUUAAAAAAUUCUUUAUCUAAUAAUGAAUUUACUGGUACUAUUACUAUGUUAGGUGGUGAUAAUCCUAAAAAAGUUAUAGAUAUGGAUGAUUGGGAUAAUGAUAUGGAAAUACCUGAAGCUGGUUUAUCCCUAUGUGAUCAUUCAAAAUCUUUUAAUUAUAAUAUUAAUAGUUGGGAUGAUGAAUUUCUUAAUUCAAAUGAGCUUUUUUUAUCAAAUCCUGAUAAUGUUAAUAUUACUAGUUUAAAAAAUAUUGUUGUUAAAAGAGUUGAUCUUCCUAUUACUACUACUACUAUUCAACGUAUUUCUCCUGAAAAAGUCGUUGAAAGUGCUAAUAAUAUUAUGUCUAGUGCUUCUAUUUCAAGAAAUUCAAGAUUUAAUAUUAUUGUUAGUCCUUCUCCAAGUUCAAGUAAUUUCGAAAGUGAAGAUGAUGAAAGUUUUGAUGAUUUACAAAUUCCUGAUUCUAUUGAUAAACUUACUUUAUUUCAUCCGAGACGUGAAUAUCAAAAUUCUCCUCUUUCUCAAUCUGAUCCUAUUAUUAAAGAUAAUUCUAUGAUGGAUUAUAAAUUAUACGAUGAUGAUGAUUGUGAGGAUAAUUUUUGGUCGGGAUUAGAUGUUCAAGAUGAUAAUGCUUUUGAACCUGAUAAUAUUAAGCACAAAAAUAUCGUUCCUCGAUCUGUACCAUUACAACAAAAAAGACCAAGAAGACAAUCUUUUACUAUCGAAUUUUCUCCUUCUUUGGUUUCAGAUUCAUUACAACUAUCGAAUUCAAAUUCUUUAAUGAAUUCAAAUUCUUCUUUAAUGAAUUCAAAUUCUUCUUUAAUGAAUUCAAAUUCUUCUUUAAUGAAUUCAAAUUCUUCUUUAAUGAAUGUUGAUGAUCCUCAAUCUUUUGAUAUAAAUGAAUUUUCUCAUUCUAAAGAUUCUUCUUCAACUUCUGAAAAAAGUACUGCUUCUACAAAUUCUACAACAAAUUCUACAAUUUCUACAAAUAGUCCUUCAAAAAAAUCUUCUUUAUCAAAAUCUGUAACUAGAAAGAAUUGUCUUUCAUCUUUGGUAACUCCUCCAUCAUCUCCAACCAAAGUGGUAUCACAUUCAAAAAAAGAUACUAGUGUUAUAUCAAAGCGACCUUCCGUUAUAUCAUCUAAAACUUCUUCUUCUCCUCCUUUGAAAAAGUGUAAAUCAAAUAUGACUUUAUCAAAAAAUUCCGACUCGUCAAAAUCAACUUCUUUUCCAAAAGAAAAAGAUUCAACAAAAUCUAGUACGAGUGCAAAAUCUAAUACAAAGUCUAGUACAACAAAAUCUAGUGCAAAAUCCAAUGCAACAAAAUCCAAUGCAAAAUCUAGUACAAAAUCUAGUACAACAAAAUCUAAUGCAAAAUCUAGUACAACAAAAUCUAAUGCAAAAUCUAUUACAAAGAAUUCUACGUUAUCAAAAUCUCGUACUUCAACAAUUUCAAAAGGUUCAAACACAAAUGAUACAAGUAGCGUUAAAGAAAAUUUCAAUCCUUUGAUAAAAUCAAAAAAAUCUUUUGUUACUUCCAACAAAUCUUCAUCAACAAACAAAUCUUUAACUUCUACAAGACUUUUAAAGGUGGCUUCAUCACCUUCAUUAAAAACUGAAAAACUUUCUGGUGAUUCAUCUUUAACGAAACAUGUAAAUAUUUCUUCAGUUUCGUUAGCAAGUGUUAAAACUCAUCGUUCAUUACCUUCUAUGACGAAGAAGUCAUCAUCAUCAUCAAAAAUUACAAAAUUACUUGAUAGUCCUAAACCUACACAUUCUCGUGUAAAAUCUGCUCCAAUGUCACUUUCUGUAACUUCAACAGUAAAUAAGAUUAAAAAAAAUCAAAAGAAUUAUGAAUCAAAAACUUUACGUGUUAUGCUUAAACCAAAUAAUUCUCAAAAUUAUGGUGAUGGAACUGAAUUAGAUGUAUUUGAUGAUUUACCAGUUAGUUUAGAUAAUGAAAGAGCUUAUAAAAAAUUUCCUGCAUCUCCGAUUUUUGGUACUUUUAUUAAAAAUGCUAAUUCUGGCAUUUUGUCAGAUAGAAAAAAUAGUGUUUCUUCGAUUGCAUCAAAGGCUUCAUCGAAAAGCAUUACUGAAUCUCGAAGGAAUUCAACCAGUAGUAAAAAGCCACAUCUGAUUCGUAAUUUGAAUUCUGAAAAGGGUACUAAAGUUAUUGGCGAGAUGGUAUAUAACCCAGUUUUACAAAGAUGGGAUGGUAAUGAAUCAGUUCUCAAAGAUUUUGAACCUUCACCACAACGACCUGCUUUAAUAUCAAAUAUGAAUCCUCAAUCUGCAAAAUCUUUACAUAUGGUUGGUAAAAUGAUAUUUGAUCCUGUAAAAAUGUGUUGGUUUCAUUCUUCUGCCAAAGACAAUAAUAAUUCCAUGUCAUCUGAAGAAGAAGAAUUAUUAGCUUUAUUUGAUUCUGAAGAAGAAAUUGAUCUUGAAAAUACUAAUAAUACUGAUGAUCUUGUUGAUGAAUCAAAUAAAUUUAAAUAUCAUACUUCAAGUGGUGAAAUAUUUGGAAUGAAUCACGGUGGAAAUGAUGAAUUAUGGGAUGGAUUAAAUUCAACUUCAUUAGUAUUUAGUGAUGGUGAUCAUAAUGAAAUUAUAUGUAGUGCAGAAGGAAGAAAACGUCGGCAUAGAAUUAUUCCAACGGGAAAUGGAAGUAAUCAAUCAAAUGAUAAUAAUAAUGAAUUUCAAGUUGGUUCCGAAUUUGAUGUUUCUAAAGGAUUUUUAGCCGCUUUAGUGGCUUCUGAACGUCAACAUAAAAAAGAAAUGAACCGUUGGUAUCCAGCUAUUAGAAGUAUUAGUAAUGAACAAAG